AUGGCGUUCGUGGACCCGCUCAACGCCUGGGAGGGCGCCAACGAGCCCGACAGCUACGUGUCGCCGGCCACGUGCCCCGUGCAGCAGGCCGCCGACGCCGACGUGGACACCACCAGCCAGUUCCACAAGUUCGACUUCCAGCCCCAUUGGAUGAAGAGCCGCGAGUACUGGGACCACAAGUUCGAAGCCCGCUACAAGACCCGCAAGGAAAAAUGGCCCAAACUACCCCUUAAGGUGAUCCUGGUGCCGCACUCGCACAACGACCCCGGCUGGCUGCUCACCUACGAGGGCUACUUCCACUUCAAGACGCGCAACAUCCUCAACAACAUGGUGUCCAAGCUGCAGGCGCUGCCCAACAUGACGUUCAUCUGGACCGAGGUGUCCUUCUUCUCGCAGUGGUGGGAGAGUGCACACCCGUCCAAGCGGCACGCCGUGAAGCGCCUGCUGGAGGAGGGCCGCCUGGAGAUGACGACGGGCGGCUGGGUCAUGACGGACGAGGCCAACUCCCACGUGUUCGCCAUGGUGGACCAGCUCAUCGAAGGGCACCAGUGGGUGAAGAACAACCUGGGCGUGACUCCGCGCACGGGCUGGUCCAUCGACCCGUUCGGCCACGGCGCCACGGUGCCCUACCUGCUCAAGACGUCGGGCGUCAACUCGGGCGCCGUGGUGCAGCGCGUGCACUACGCGUGGAAGCAGUGGCUGGCCGAGCGGCAGAUGGGCGACUUCCUCUGGCGGCAGGGCUGGGACGCGGACGGACGCACCGACAUGCUGGUGCACAACCAGCCCUUCGACAUCUACUCCAUCAAGCACUCCUGCGGCCCGCACCCCCAGAUCUGCCUCAACUUCGACUUCCGCAAGAUCCCCGGCGAGUACACGGAGUACUCGCUGCGCGCCGUGCCCAUCGACGACAGCAACGUGAAGCAGAAGGCCGAGCUGCUGCUGCAGCAGUACGGGCGCACCGGGUCGCUGUUCCCCCACAACGUGGUCCUCAUGCCGCUGGGCGACGACUUCCGCUACUCGCACGAGCAGGAGUGGGACCAGCAGUACGAGGGCUACAGCCGGCUGGCCAACUACAUCAACAAGCACUCGGCGGAGUACCACGCCGAGGUGACGUUCGGCACCCCGGCGGACUACUUCGCGGCGGUGCGCGAACGCACGCAGCACUUCGACACGCUCAAGGGUGACUUCUUCGUGUACUCGGACAUCUUCAGCGAGGGCCGGCCGGCCUACUGGAGCGGCUACUUCACCACGCGGCCGUACUGGAAGAUCCUGGACCGCGAGCUGGAAGCCAGCCUGCGCUCCGCCGAGAUUCUCUACGCCCUGACGCUGAACCGCGCGCGCCGCUCCGGGUUCAACUACACCGUCAAGCUGCUGGAGCGCGACUACGAGAAGCUGACCAAGUCGCGCCGCAACCUGGCGCUGUUCCAGCACCACGACGCCAUCACGGGGACCUCCAAGGCCUCCGUGAUGCACGACUACGCCCUCAAGAUGUUCGAGAGCCUGCAGGAGACGCAGCGCCUGCAGCGCCUCUGCGUGCAGACGCUGCUGGUGCGCGACGAGGUGCUGCGGCGCGGCGAGGCGGGCGCGUCCUCGCACGCGCACUCCGUGUCGGCGAGCAGCAGCCGCGGGCCGCCGCCGCCACCGCCGCGCGCGCCGCCCUCCAUGGAGUUCAUCCAGCCCGACUCGGACCGCGAGUCCUACGAGAAGCUGGCGCGCCGCGUGCCCAUCGAGCUGGGCCUCGGCCAGCCCCGCACCGUGGUGCUCUUCAACUCGCUGGCGCAGCACCGCCAGGACGUGGUCGAGCUCACCGUGACCACGCCCGACGUGCGCGUGCUGGACCCCGAGGGCAACGUGAUCCCCUGCCAGGUGAGCCCGCUGUGGAACCUGACGGGCGAGACCAACCUGGACAUGCAGCCGCAGCAGCAGGUGGACGAGCGCACGCGCCUGGAGGAGCCGCGCCUGCACAUGAACCGCGACGCGUUCGAGCUCAUGUUCGUGGCCGAGCUGCCGCCGCUGGCCCUCGUGUCGUUCCGCCUGGAGCGCAUGGCCACCAAGCAGACGGCGCCGCGCGCCAAGGUGUUCUGCCAAGGGGCGGCGUGCGGUCGCGCCGAGGACGGCACCGCCUUCGUGUCGCCCUUCGACGUCAAGAGCAUGCAGCCCGGCGACAUCCAGCUGGAGAACUACGCCAUGAAGCUGCUGUUCGACGCCAACUCGGGCUUCCUGAAGACGGUGACGCGCAAGGGCGAGGGCCGCAUCCACACGACGCGCUGCAAGGUGCAGUUCGCCGCCUACUCGUCCGCGCAGUUCCACUCCGGCGCCUACCUCUUCAUGCCCGACCCGUCCCGCGAGGGCGAGCACGACGUGCUGGAGGGCCUCAAGCCCCACGUCGUCAUCUCGUCCGGCCCCAUCGCGUCCGAGGUGACCGUCUUCUACGGCCACGUGCUCGCGCACACGGUGCGCAUCUACCACGCGCUGGGCGCGCUGGGCAGCGGCAUCUACGUCGAGAACAUGGUGGACUUCGAGCAGCCGCCCAAGUUCCGCGAGACGGAGCUGUUCAUGCGGCUGGUGACGGACGUGGCCAACGGCGACCCGCCCGAGGUGUACACGGACUCCAACGGCUUCCAGAUGCAGCGGCGCGUCAAGGUGGACCGCAUCGGCAUCGAGGGCAACUACUUCCCCGUCACCACCAUGGCCUACAUCCAGGACUCGACGCGCCGCCUGUCGCUGCUGCUGAACCACGCGCAGGGCGCCGCCAGCUGGCAGCCCGGCUGGCUGGAGGUGAUGCUGGACCGGCGGACGCUGUACGACGACUCGCGCGGCAUGGGCGAGGGCGUGGUGGACAACAAGCAGACGCUCACCAAGUUCUGGCUGCUGCUGGAGGACGUGGCGGACCCCGGCGAGGAGAAGAACCAGCACUCCCGGCCUAGCCUGUACACCAACCACAUGUCCAACUCGCUCAUCUACCCCACCAACGUGUUCGUCGUGGACACCAGCAGUGCGGGGGAAGACCUGGCGCCCUCGUCCACCGCGUCGCCGCUGGAGAACGCGCCGCCCCCCGCGCCCAUGGCCGCCGUGGCGUCGCACGCCUCGCGCGUCGUGGAGUCGUCGCUGCACAAGCAGGUGGUGCUGGUGUCGCGGCCCUUCCCCUGCGACGUGCACCUGCUCAACCUGCGCACGCUGGCGGACGGCAGCUACUCGCAGUUCCCGUCCACGUCGGCGCUGCUGGUGCUGCACCGCCAGGGCUUCGCGUGCGGCGUGGGCACGUCCAUGUCGCUGCCGCACUGCAGCGUGGUGGCGGAGGACGACGACAACGCGGUGCGCAAGGACGACGCCGACCCCGACAACGCCGAGGGCGUCCCGGACGCCAAGGACCAGGACCAGGACCAGGGGCGGGCGCCGGCCGAGCGGUUAGCGCUGCACCCGCGCACCGCCUUCUCUCGCCUGCGCCUCGACUCGGUGUCGCAGACCUCGCUCACGGGGCUGCACCACGUGGACAGGCUGGGCGCGCUGGACCAGGCCAAGAUGAAGCCCAUGGAGCUGCUCACGCUCAACAUCACUUUCGGCCUGUGAGCCACCCUCGCCUUCGGUCGCCGGCGGAGCCUUUAGGCAAGGCCCCGUCUGCGCCCUGCGCACCACUACCUGACUUACCUGACACUAAAGCCUCACCCGAACCACCCCGACCAGGGGCCGACUGAUAUGGCAGUGCUGUGAUAACACGUGUACAAAAUGAAAUUAGCGUGACUGUCGAAAGAGAGAAACACUAUAAUAGGAAAAGUAUAAAAGGCUGAACGAAUUUUGUGAGCGUGAACAUGUGUACGUGUAAGUUGUUAGCUGUUUGUUGUUGUUGUUGUUGUUGAUGAUGUUGUUGUUGUUGUACUUGUGAUUUUUUUAAAAUGUUGUGUUAAUAAUGACAUCACAAAUGGCAGCUGCUCCACCAAAAAUGGCAAGACGUUUGAGUUUUCUGAGACUUGGUGUCAUGUUCAUGAGGUGAUCUUACCUCAAAACACAGUGCCACUGCACCAAUAGAAUUAUUGCACCCAAUCUGGUUUUCCUUUUAUUAUUAUGAUAAUUUUUCUGGUGAGUGCAUUGUCUUGUGUAUUUUAUUUACUCCGUUUCUGCUUAUGCCGCAAAUUGUCGCAUUCAAACUUACCAGGCGACAAUGCAGUGCUCUUCGUGAGUUUCCGUUUCUAUUCAUCACUCCCCUUCCCCUCAUUGCGUUCUUACUUUUCACGAGGAUGUUGAUUGAGACCAAUUAGAGUAGUUCAUUUUUUCAAUUGUAUUUAUAAUUUAUUGAAUCAGAGCAUUAGGCUUUCUUAUUUCUCUUUUGCACUUAACUGUGUACCUUAUCUUACAGAGCAGUAUUUAAAAUAAACAAAUUGUGGUCCUUCACACUAGGUGUCACAAUUUUAGGUAAAGUCCUUUAUUAUUUUUCUUACCAAUGGAUAUAUAAUGGUUUAUAUACUGUGGGUUUUGUGGUCGAUGGUUCUACCAUAUGAUGUGUUUGUCUUUUUACAUCAGUAUGAGUGCAAGUGUGUGUUACUAUCUGUUUGAAAAGCUCUCCUUUCUCCCAUUCCAUUUUAAAAUGUGUGCACAGGUGGUAUAUUUAAACAAUUGUUAAAAUUUGUUGGAAAUCUUUGGUUAAAUCUGUGCAACAUUUUUGUUACUAAGCAGGAUUUUGUAAACAGCACGUGGUACCCAUCUGACCACCACCAGGACCAGGAAAAGAAGCUUACUCUUCUCUGUGAUAUUUUUUAAAAUACUUUUUUAUAUUUAUGGAUGGGAAAGUCUUGGAUACAGGAAUGCUUACUGUUGAAAAUUGUGAAUUUUUAAAAAAAACCCUUCAGUAUAUAACUUCUCUAUCAAUCAAUAACGCAAGAAGGUCUAAACAUAUGUUGCAUACAAACUUUGGUUUGCUCUUUAAAAAAUUUCUAACUUAAAAUGUUGUGAAAUUGCAAAGCUAAUAAUAUCAUAUUUAAUUACUUUUCUCAAUCGUUUCAUCAACUAGUUUUGACUUGGAAACAUAUCCUGUGAAGAGAAUUCUAUUUGAGUUUACUUUGUUCAACCUGAUCAAUGCUCGCUCUUAAAAAUAUUUGUCACUUAGGAUUUCUCUGAAGUACUUUCAGGUUGUGGCGUUCCCGGUCUGCCAUGUGCAGUGCUUUGUGGGACUGCAUGCCUUUAAUCUGUUGAGGGUUUUUUUUGGCCGCCUAGUGUCAGUCUCAAACUUGCAGCCGUUAACAAUAGAAUAUUAUCGUCUCUGUCUAUCUCUAUAAACAUAUAAUUUAUUGUAAAGAUUCUUUAAUUUUUGCACCAUCCUGAUAAAGUCGUUUUGCAGGAUCGAAUCGACUGUGAACAUUUCAACUGAAAUCUUUAUUGUGCGACAGACUCAUAGAAUGUCCUUGUGGUCCAGACCUUUCCCAUCGUUUUUGUUGAUGUAUCAGAGUGCUGCCCUAUCUAGACAUCUAGCUGUCUAUGAUAAUUGAGAGGAAUCCAUAUCUUGGACUUACUACUCAUGCCAAUAAUGUGACUGCAAUGCCUCAUUUAACUGCAGCAUAACAAGGGACACUCUGUAUUAUAAACAUAUAUCUUGAUCCUUGUUUUUGUCUGUUUUCUUCUCAUAGAUCUCCCUUAGAAAUAUAUGCCCUGUGGGUUGUGAAUUAGUUGUUGGCAAAGUUUAUUUGAAGUGAUUGCAGAUGUUUCUGCUCAGUAUGUGGUAAAGGGUAGGAAAAAGUAUACUUUUAAGGCAUUUUAGUAGGAAAAGUAUUAAAUGAAUGUCAUGUAAUGUAUUAGCUGUUAAUAAAGGAUAAUGUCAAUAUUGCUCUUA